AUGACGUUAAAUCUAAAAGAAUUAAAUAUUUUAGUUUGUAAAAAAAAUAGCAAAUCUGAGACAAGACUUUAUGCCGUAGGAAUUGCUCCCCAAAUUAGGCAGCAAAGAUUAAGAGAGUUAGAAGCAGAACUAAAAGAAACAAAAGAAAAUCUAGAACUUGCAGCACAAGUCGGACAAGGUCUUAUUGAAAUAAACGGAAACUUAAACAGAGAAAUUGAAAGAUUAAAUAAAGAUAUUGAAAAAAAAUUAGAGGAAAAAUUAGCCGAGGUUAGAAAAGAAAUUGACAACGAGAUAGGAGCAGAAGUGGCCAAAAAGGACGCAGAAAUUACUCUGCUGGCGCGACAAAUGGAAGAACUGCAAGAAGAAAACCGAAGAUUGCAAACAGAAAGAGACGAAUUUGAAAUGUCUUUUCUGCGAGGGGCUGGUGAAGUAGCCGCAAGUAACGAGAGGAUAAAAUUCUUAGAAAGCGAACUGGAAAAAAGAGAUAACGAGAGUGAAAACUUAAAAAAAAUAAAUGAGAAACGGGCAAGAGAAAUAACCGAACUGAAAAAAGAAAAGGAAGAUUUAACCAAAAAAUUAGCAGACGCCGAGGAAAAGUUAGCCAACCAAGAUGCAAUUCUCCGACGCCGACAACAAGAAAAUAGAGAUUUAGUAAAUGAAAGAGAUAAUUUGAAAGAAAAGAAUUCAGAGUUAAACGAUUAUUGUCUCAAACAGCACAAUCAAUUAAAUUCACUCACCGAGAAUUACAAUAAAUUACAAGACGAAAAUGAGGAAUUGAAAAGAGAAUUGGUCUCUCGUUCGGCUCGACCCAGUUUCUCGUCAGAGGCCAGUUCACGGACUCUCUCCCUUUAUGGAAGCGAUCGUGAUUUCAAAGAAAUUAGAGAUUAUUUUUAUGAUGAAGUUAAAAGAAACGAAAAAUCAUCAACAACACCCGACGAAAGCCACAGUGAAAAAGAAACAAAAUCCCGCCAAAAUUCAGCACCAGGAGACAGAGGACGCGGCCGAGGCAACUUCAAACGACCAUCGGUCAGUGAUUAUGAAGGAAGCCAUUCUGAUUCCAACCGUCAUCCCCAAAGGCAAGCAAGUGACGAAAGUAGUUAUUAUGCCGAAUCACCAACCAAUUCCAUGCUUAUUGAGGAUACUGCUAGCACUUCGUAUCUUGAUGACCUAUUAAAAGAAAGUAAAGAAUUAGUUGGCGAACAAGAAAUAGAAAUCAGAAAAUUAAAAAAACAGAUUGCGGAAUUAGAGAAAAAUGCCAAAGCGGACAAAGAAAGAAUUGAUGAACUACGAAAAAACAACAAUGAAGCCUACCAAAGAACUAACGAAUUAAACCAAAAACUUGCAGAUAAUUCCCAAGAUGAAAAAAUUGCCGAGCAGAGAAAAAUCAUUAUUCAGGCAUUACUAGAUUGA